ACAUGUAAUAUUCCCAUGACUUUAGUUCAGCUUCCCAGUAGUACACUAUUUGCUGUUCUUGCUGAGAGCGGAGCUCAGAUAACAUCCGGGGUGGAGUUUGGAGCGAGAAUGCCAUUGUUCUUAGAUCCAUUAUUGGUAUUACCCUGUUUGCCUGGGGAGAGAAGACGUAGCACAGAGAGCACACCACAGCCUGCUCCGAUGGCCUCCACCACCGGCCUCCUCCCGGAGAAGUCCUUCCUGUGCUCCCUGUGUAAGGACGUCUUCAGCGGUCCAGUCACCACACCGUGCGGACACAGCUUCUGUCUGUCCUGUCUCAGCGACUUCUGGACCCGACACCAGUCCAGGUACUGUCCACAGUGCCGCAGGCUGUUCACCUACAGGCCCCAGCUCAGCAUCAACCACAUCCUGGCUGAUAUCUCCGAGAACUACAAGAAGACCAGGCCGGAGAAGCCUCCGGAGGAAGAGACGGUUAAGAAUGUUGAGCAGAUGAUUGAAGAGAGGCUACAGAAGGUAGAGAGGCUAAAAAGUUCUCUUGAGCUCCAAAAGAGCUCUUACCUGAGAGAGGUGCGAGAGAGCGAGAAGGUGUUCUCGGCCCUGGUGAGCGCCAUGGAGAAGAACCACAAAGCCUUGGUGUUGGCCAUAGAGCAGUGCAGAAGGGAGGAGGAGAAGAAGGUCCACACUCUGGUGACGCAGCUGGAACAGGAGAUCCGGGAACUGAAGAAAGAGACGGCCGACCCCAUUUCUGACCCUGCGCUUUCUAAAGAAGUGACAGAUGAGCAGGAGGAAUCCAAUAAAGACAACAUCGCUCCGCCCGGCCGCAGCAUCCAGAUGAAGGAUUGGUCCAUGGUUACUAUAGAAACGGACCCUUGUGUGGGCUUCACCAGGAGAGCCCUGUCAGAACUGAUGGCAAAGAUGAAAGCGGAAGUCAACAGGCUCUCCAAAUCAGAACUGAAAAGAAUUGAGCGUUACAUAGUGGACAUCAACCUGAGCGCCAAGACCGCCCACCCGUCCCUCGCCGUGUCCGAGGACAGGAAGCAGGUGAGGCAGACGGACAAGUGCCACGAGGUGCCCCAACACCCCAAACGCUUCGACCGCGUGGCCAACGUCCUGGCCAAGGAGAGCAUCAGCCGCGGGCGCUGCUACUGGGAGGUGGAGGUCGGGGAGAAGAUGGAGUGGAGCCUGGGCGUGGUCCGCCAGUCCAUCAACAGGAAGGGCAGGUUCACCGUCUGUCCCGCCAACGGGUUCUGGACUUUGAGCCUGAAAGCGGGAGGACAGUAUGUGGCCAAUUCUGCUCCGGUCACCGCAGUGGCGCUGGAGCAGAAGCCCAGGAAAGUGGGCGUCUUCGUGGACUACCCGGCGGGCCGCGUGGCCUUCUACUGUGUGGACACGGGCGUUCACGUUCACUCCUUCACAGACACCUUCACUGACAGCUUGCAUCCUUUUUUCAACCCGGGGCGACUGCACGGAGGCAGGAAUGUCGACCCCUUAAUCAUCACCUCCAGCGUUUGCAGCAUCUAGGUG